UUUCACACAAACGCACUGGAUUACCGGGUACGGUCAAAGUUGUUGUUUUCCCACACGCCACAACCUUAUUAUCAAUCGCAUACAAACACAACAACUCUUCUUAUUAUAUAUAUUUACACCCCUGUGACCCUCCACCCGCUCUUUCUCACUGACACACUCAUAUUCACACACACCCACACACACCUGUUCCUCCUUGUACCCCAUUUACAUCGGCCUUCAAUCCAUUGUACUACCGGCUUCUGAGUAGAAUGCCGACCUCAGAAUCAUCGUUUCUAAGGCAACUCAGUGAAAAAGAAGGCUGGAAAUCAACAUCCAAGCGAUGGGGUGGAUACAGUACUUCCAAUAAAAAAGCUAGCAGCAGCUACAGGGAGUCGCAUUUGAUGCAGAUGGAAGGUGUUGGGAUGUACGGAAGUAACGCUGGACGCUCGGGAUCUGGUACUACCGGGAUGAUGGAGAAGAGGAAGAGAGUCAUGGUUGUAGUGGAUCAAUCGUUGCAUUCCAAGCAUGCUAUGUUGUGGGCGCUUACACAUGUCGCCAAUAAAGGGGAUAUGCUUACUCUUCUUCAGAUUAGCCCUAAUUUGAACAAGGAAAGUCAAGGUGGUUCUUCUUCUUCGGCUCCUACAAAUCUUUUGGUUACCUCGCUUGGUACCCUCUGCAAGGCCUGUAAACCUGAGGUGGAAGUGGAAGCAUUGGUGAUUGAAGGUCCAAAGCUGGCCACAGUUGUGAGCCAAGUGAAGAAGCUAGAGGUGUCGGUGCUUGUUUUGGGUCAAAAGAGUUCUUCAUUCCUUCAAUGCUUGGGAGGGAUGAGCAGCACAGAGAAGUUUGUGGAGCAAUGUAUCAACACGGUGGAAUGUUUGACAAUAGGAGUCAGGAAGCAGAGCAAAGGGAUCGGUGGGUAUCUGAUUAGCACAAGAUGGCAUGUUGAUGAACUAAUGUAG